ACAAUGGCUGCAAAGAAAAUUCCCCAUUUCAUGAAGACGAUCAUGAACACGAAUGCUAGAGACAAAAGACUUAGGGUGCCAAAGACAUUUAUGGACAAACAUGGAGAGCAUCUAUCAGAUCAAAUACACCUUAAGCUUCCAGGUGGUUCGGAAAGUGAAAUAAAACUCAGAAGAUGUGCUGGUGAGUUUUGGUUUGAAAAGGGUUGGCCUGAGUUCUCUAAGUUUUGCUCUCUUGAUUUUGGUAGCUGCUUAGUGUUCCAAUAUGAAGGGAAAUCCAAAUUCCAUGUCUUGAUAUUUGAUGAAAGCGGCACAGAGAUUGAAUAUCCAAUAAUGCCCCAGAUUGAAGGAACCGAUGAAGAAGAAGAUGAUGAUAUGUCUAUAGAAGAAAUUUUGGAGAUUGAAGAUGAUGAAGAAGAUAAUGAUAAGUCUGUAGAGAGCUUAGAGAUUGAAACUGAUGAAAGUUCGGAGAUUUUACUAAUUGAUGAAGAUGAUGAUGAUGAUGUUAAGUCUGUUGAGAGUUCGGAGUUCUUUCCUCUGUCUCAAGAGAAAAACAGAAGAAAGCCACGCUCUUCAUCAAAGCCAUCAUCUUCUUCAUCUUCAUCUUCAUCUUUGAGGGCUACUGUUAAAGCUGCCAACAAGUUCGUCCCAAGCCACCCAUUCUUCAAAAUCACUUUGGGGCCAUCCCGUAAGGCGCAUGUUCCAGGUAGUUUUCGAAAGCAUUUCACUCCAGUGAAGAAUCAAACCGCGAGGCUUCUGGUCGGAGAUAGAUUGUGGCCUGUGACUUUGAUUUUUCAUCCUCAAAACUACCGAUUUAGUGCUGGCUGGGGAGCAUUUGAAAAGGCAAAUUGGUUAAAAGAAGGAGAUAUUUGCAUCUUUGAGCUUAUGGACAAAAAGAACCUUGCACUGGAAGUGAACAUUUUCAGAUGCUGAUUAUUAUUGGAUAUGUUAGUUGUAGGUUGUUUUAUGAACUCUGUGUGACUUGCUGGGCUCUCUAGGGAUCUUUGUUAGAACCAUUUGGUAGGCCUUCUAGGCCAGGUUGUUGUAUGGAGCUCUUUAUUUAUUUUAUAAAUUUGGUUCUUGAUUAAAUUUGU